CAACACCACCUGCCUCCGUCUUUAUAUUCUCCAUUUUGACACCUUUCCUCUGCAACUUUCCCGUCUCCUACACCACCCAAAAGUCAUCAUGGAAGAAGUCGCCCCCGAGUACGAUGUUGUUGUCCUUGGCACUGGCCUCACGGAAUGCGUGCUGUCCGGUGUUCUGAGUGUGAAGGGCAAGAAGGUCCUUCACAUGGACCGCAACGACCACUACGGCGGUGAGGCUGCCUCUCUGAACAUUGAAGCUCUGUUCAAGAAGUACGGCAACUACGCCCAGGGGGAGGAGCCGUGGAAGAAGUACGGCCGCGUCAACGACUGGAACAUCGACCUCGUCCCCAAGCUCCUGAUGAGCAAUGGCGAGCUCACCAACAUCCUCGUCUCCACCGACGUCACCAGAUACCUCGAGUUCAAGCAGAUUGCGGGCAGUUUCGUCCAGCAGGGCAACGGCUCCAAGGCGACCGUUGCCAAAGUCCCCUCGGACGCUGGCGAGGCCCUGAGGUCCCCUUUGAUGGGUCUGUUUGAGAAGCGCCGCGCGAGGAGCUUCCUCGAGUGGGUUGGUGCUUACAAGGAGGACGACCCGGCGACGCACAAGGGUCUCGACCUGAACAACGCCCAGAUGAAGGAUGUGUUCGACAAGUUCGGCCUCGAGCCUUCGACUCGUGACUUCAUCGGUCACUCGAUGGCCCUUUACCAGAACGACGACUACAUGACGGCUCCCGGCAUGACCAAGGACACGAUUGAGCGCAUCAGGCUCUACGUCAACUCCAUGGCCCGCUACGGCAAGUCGCCUUACAUCUACCCUCUGUACGGCCUGGGCGAGCUUCCCCAGGGUUUCGCCCGUCUGUCUGCCAUCUACGGCGGUACCUACAUGCUGAACGCCGACGUCGACGAGGUCCUGUACGAGGACGGCAAGGUCAGCGGCAUCAAGGCGACCAUGAAGGAGAGGGAUGCUCCCGGUGAGGGCAUGAAGUUCACCACCAAGUGCAAGAAGAUCCUUGCCGACCCCAGCUACUUCCCCCAGAAGGUCAAGCCCACCGGCCACCUGCUGAAGGCUAUUUGCAUUCUGAACCACCCCAUCCCUGGCACUGAGGACUCCGACUCUCUCCAGCUCAUCAUUCCCCAGAGCCAGGUUGGCCGCAAGAACGACAUUUACAUCGCUGUCGUCUCCUCCACCCACAACGUCUGCCCCAAGGGCUACUACAUUGCUAUCGUCUCCACGAUCGCCGAGACUGACAGCAACCACCACCUUGAGCUCGAGCCCGGCUUCGAGCGCCUGGGCAAGAUCGAGGAGAAGUUCAUGGGCCCCCCCAUCCCGCUCUACCAGCCCACCGAGUCCGGCCAGAACGACAACGUCUUCAUCUCCAAGAGCUACGACGCCACCAGCCACUUCGAGACCACCACUGAUGACAUUAGGGACAUCUACAAGCGGGCGGAGGGCCAGGAGCUUGUUGUCGAGGGUCUCAGGGACGGCCAGAACCUGGUUGCGGAGGAGUAGAGUAAGCUGCAGUAGUAGUAGUAGUAGUAGUAGUAGUAGUAGCAGUAGCAGGAAUCUCGGGACGCUGAACGCAUGGGUUGGGAUUGAGGAGUGGAUGGUUGGUUGGUUGGUUGCUGGCUUUCACAUCACAUCACACAAAGGCAUAAAGGAUUUUUCUCACAACAACAAACACACACCCGGACACACACACAGUGAUGGGGAUCCGUAUGCUAUGCAACUAAGACAGCCAGCAUCUUUUUAUUUUCAGGUAGGGAAAUUCAAGGCGCGCGUGUGCGUAUGUUAUAAACACUG